CAUCUAUAUGCGCGUGCGUGGAGGCGUCGGCUACGAGUCCUCCAGCCGCCUCGGGACUGUAGCUCCGCGCUACCUCCCUCCUCGCACCUGGAAGGAACUGCUUUGUGGAGCGCCGAGCACGAGCGUCGGCGGCGUAAAAACGCAGCGCCAUCUACUACUGCCUCGUAGCAGUAGUAGAAGCGGACAGCAAGCUGCCCCCGACGCCGUCGGCGCGGUCACCGAACAGCAUCACCAUGACCGAGCAACCACCACCGGUGCCCCCCAUCGACCAAGCGACGACGCAGAAGGCCGGCGUGCUGUGGAACAAGGUCCGGGACCACGUGGUGAGUGAUGAUAACUUCGCGGAGACGCCACGUCCUGUCAAUGACGAUGAGGACGACGAAAAGAACUUGAAGCCCCCUUCGUUAGUGUACCCGCCCGACGGUUGUAUACCUGUAUUGCAUCCGGACGGCGACGUGAGAUUUUACUGGGAUCUCGCGCAAAUGGUCUCAUUGAUCUGGGUGUCGAUCUUCGUGCCUUUGCGGAUCGGCUUCGACUGGCCGGCGGUCGGCAUGUGGUUCAUCAUUGACUCGGUCAUUGAUCUGUACUUCAUUUUUGACUUUGUGCUUGGGUUCUUCACGGCCGUGCAUCUCCAUGAAGAUACACGAGUAGACGACGAUGCCUCAGGUGAUUAUUUCGAGUUCGGCGGCCACUACGUCGUCGUCGACAAGAAACGCAUCGCGUUAUCUUAUUUGAGGGGCUGGUUCGCGAUUGAUUUUUUUGCUUCGUUGCCGAUCGAAUUCUUCAUGCGGCUGGAACAAGGGUCGCUAGGCUGUUCGUUUCGGGUCGUGAAUCCUUGUAGCGUCAAGACUCAUAGCACGGGUGCGACGAUCAAGUUGGUGAAGAUCUUGCGGUUGUUCCGAAUUUUGAAGCUGUUUAGAUUACUGAAGCUCAAAAAGUUAUUUAACAGAUACCAGGACGACUUUGUGUAUCUGAUGCCUUUCAUAUCCGCCACGAAGCUGGUGUUUGCCAUGCUCUGGAUGUCGCACUGGAUGGGCUGUACCUAUGCUUUAGUUUUUCCCUUCGAGGAACAAGAUAAGCCCAUGAACUCUCUGUCCAGUAAGUAUCUGUGUGGAAAUCAACCAGUGCGUCGGGUGCACCCGAUAAUUCUUCACUAAGUCAUUUUUGGCGAUGCCGCUGCCGUGCUGGCUCCGUCGAGCGGUGAGGAACCGGCAUCGCCACGCCAUCGAGCAUGCGUCGCAUCGGUGGCGUGGAGGUCGACGCGAAGAUUCAGCACGAACGCGCCGUAGGAUUGUGAUUUCCACACAGGUAAGUACAUCGGCGCCAUCUACUGGGCCAUGCAGACGAUCACUACCGUCGGUUACGGCGACAUGGUGCCUACCGCUGAUGGGGGAAGAUUAGUAGCUAUAGCCGGCAUGGCGAUCGGGGGGUUGAUCUUUGGCUGGCUCAUCCAGUAUGUGAUUUCCGUCCUAGAUCCGGACACGUUCGAGCGGAAACAGCAAGCUCGCAUCGAUCGCAUGAUGGCUUAUUUAAGGGCUAAUAGAUUGCCUCCCCAACUGUCCGCGCGAGUGGUCAGACACGUCCGGCAACAAAACUCAAGACAGACCGAGGAUCGGGCCGUGCUCACGGAAUUACCUAGACAAUUACGUUCAGAUAUCUGCCUGCACCUCUACGAGGCCUUCAUGCUGAGCGUGCCUCUCUUUUCACACGCGGCGAACUCGUACACGCACCACGCCUUCGUGUGUGAUGUCUGCACGAAGGUCAUCCCGCUGACCAUACCCGUGAGCGAGAUGGUGUAUGGGGCCGGCGACCUCGCGGAAGAAGGUGCGUACUUGAUCGUGACGGGCGCCGUGCAACUCUUGUCUCCGGCGGCGCCCUCGAAGCGAAAGAAGAUCGGCGGCACGAGCGGCGGCACGUCGGCGCGGGCCAAGCACGUCAUGGCCGAGGCCGGCCUCGAGAAGGAGCUUGGGGGCGGCGACGUCUUCGGCGAGUCGUCGGCGCUCGGGUCGACGCGGCGCUUCGACGAGGCCGUGGCUCGGAAGACGUCCGAGUUACUCACCAUCUCGGGCCCGGAUUUGCGAUGUGCCUUGGACCUGGCGCCUCGACUGCGGUGGACCGUCUUGCAGCGGACCGUCGAGCACGCGAUCAAGUGUAUACACGACCCGCGGCUGCUCAUGAUUGUGUUAAGGGAAUUACAUUUACCGGAGUUGUUGGAGGAGGACUUGAGUGCACCGGCCGCGCGCUUCGAGGACUCGAUCCGCAUAUUGCGACAUCAUAAAGUGUAUAAGGUCGUCGCGAACUGGCGCGAGGCCCUCUACAACAUUAGGGAGGAGUGGGAGGGCCGCGUCUGCUCGACGCCCAAGAACUACGCCGCUACGCCUCAUACGCCGGGCAAGGCCUUCGCGGAGCCCGUCGCCACGGAGAUGGACGUUCACGAGGAGCUCAAGUUAGUUAGAAGGGACCUGUCCGAUUUGACGGACGCCGUCCGAGCCCUCUUCGCCACACGCGCUUUCGAUCAUGCGGACUUCCACAAGAUCGGCGGCGCGCUGCACGGCGUGGCCCUCGCCGCGCGCGAGGCGGGGGAGUAAUCGCUCGUUCGUUACAUAUUGUUACGCGGUGUGGGGGGAGAGACAGCGCGUGUCUCCGAUUCAUCGUCUCUCCUUGUCGCGGCGCUCCGGCCGCGCCUCGGGGCCGAUUCGAUUUUGCGACGGACCUAUCUUUGGAGUCGCAAGACGUCCUCGCCUUUUCCCAAACGCCGUUUUGGCUCGGGCGCGUGUUUUGGCUCGGGCUCGUGUGGAGCCAUUUCUCCCAUCAGACGGGCGCUGAAGGAGCUGCUUUACCUUCCGUCGAUUCAGAACUGCAGCCGCCCCGCGGCGCGACCUGCCUGUGCCAACACCACGCGCCCCAGCGACCUCGUGUACCCCACCCCGCAGCGGCUGCCCGCGUCGCGCCGGAACUAGUGCGGACAGCACCUUGAUUGGGGUCCCCCCUCGCCGAGCACCAGAACGCCGGGAUGUGGGGCUCCGUGGAGACGACGGUGAAGCUGGCCUUCACGGGCCUUGCCGGCUUCACCCUGGCAUGCGUCGUUAUCGAGACGGCCGGGACCGCCGUCGGCAAGACGGUAGCGGGAUCCAGUGAGAGCCAAAAUUACUUCGUCACGCGAACUUUGGUCGAGUUGUUACCUGUGUGGAAAUCAACCAGUGUGUCGGGUGCACUGGCGCGGCCGUGCUGGCUCGGUCGAGCGGUGAGGAACCGGCAUCGCCACGCCAUCGAGCAGGCGUCGCGUCGAUGGCGUGGAAGUCGACGCGCCGAUUCAGCACGAACGCGACGUAAAAUUUUGAUUUCCACACAGGUUGUUACUGGCGCUGUACGUGGCCGACUUCGUGACGGGUCUAAUACAUAUGCUCCUUGACUUCCAGACGGUCGAUGAUGACGAACUAAGGCUGCACAUCGAGACUUCGGUCGAGGCCGUCGAGGCCUUUGAAAAGACCAAGCUCUUCACGGAGGCGACGGAGCGCGACAAAUACCUCUGGAACUUUCACAGCCAUCACGAGGCCGUCUACCCCUCGUCGGACUCGCAGCUCGAGCUCUUCAUGCAAUUGUUUUGGUACGUGCGCGUCGUCUGGCCCCUGUUCUACCUCGGCUUCUAUUAUGGUUAUGUCCCGGAGGCGACGUCGCGCGUCUGGCUCGUGGCGCUGAUCGUCGGCCUGCCCUCGCAGCAGACGCACUUCCUCGCGCACGCCCGAAGGCGUGGGCUCCUCAAGGAGUGGCCGAUGAUCGAGCGGCUGCAGGACUGGCGGAUCAUCCUGCACCCGGACGCGCACCAGCAGCACCACGAGAAGUUCAACUGCAACUUUUGUAUCCUUAAUGGCUGGGCGAACCCGCUGAUGAACCGCGUUGCGCGGCUGCUGACGCACUUCGGCGUGCUCGCGGAGGAGCCGCCGACGGCGCGCAACCGGCGCGAGCGCGCGGAGCACAAGGACGCCAAGCUCAAGGAGCGAUCCUAGGCCCGGUCCGCCGCGGGACUGCCUCGGUAGUUUAACCCCGCGGCGACGACACCCCCUUCGCCGACCCACUGCUGUACUCUACCCCCGGUCCGCCGCCAGCGCCGCCGACCUCUAACCCGACCGAUCGAUCGAUGAAAAUAACCAGAAAGUAUAGUUAGUCCGACCACCCGUCCGACUCGCCCCCGUCCACGGGCGGCGUCCAGCCCUCGGGCGUCGCGGGCCGGCGCGCGGCGUCGGCGCGCCAGAGCCGCUCCUCCUCCUCCCGCUGCGCCUGGGCAUUCGCCUCGGCGUCCACGAGCCUUCUGAGCGUCGCUUCCCGCCGUCGCUCGGCCCGGAGCUCCUCGAACGCGGCCCGCUCGGCCUGCUGCGCGACGUCCGGCUGCGGCGGCAGGCGGCUCGGCGAGAAGAUGCCGGCGCCGUCGUCGUUUCGCGGUGCCGGCCGCCGGCCCCGCGGCGCGUCCAGAGAAGACUGGGGCCCGCGGUCGACGCCGGACGGCCGCGCGGGCAGCGUCCGCGACGGCGAGAAGACGCCGGCCGCGUCGUCGUCCCGCGGAAGGAGGGGCUGCGGCGGCGGGCUGCCGCCCGGCCGGCGCAUAUCGGCGUCGUCGCCCGCGCCGGCCCACCGCUCGGCGAAGGACAGCUCUUGGGGAGGCGUCGCGGGCCGCGCGGCGCGCGGCGGCGUCGCAGGUUUAAUGACGGGCUCGGGCCCGGCGUAGACCGGCGCCUUGUCCGGCUGGCGUCUCUUUUUUAAUUGUUUGGCCUGGUGCUCGACCUGCUUCUGGAGCCGCGCGUUGUCGCGCUCGAGCCUCGCCACGUCCUGCUGCGUGCCGCUCUGCUGCGUCGUCUUGCCGCCGCGGGCGACGCGGACCGUGCUCUUCUCCCGCUCAAGUACUUUGAUCCUCGCGUCGCGCUCCCUCAAGCCGUCCUUCAGCGCCGCGACCUCCCUCCUUAACGCGUCCACGAGCUCGUCGUCGCCGUCGCCCUUCUCCAGCAGGCUCUUGAUGUGGUCUUUAUUCCGCUGGACUUCCUGCGUCUGCGCGACGACGCGGGCCUGCGACGCCUGGAGCGUCUCCCUGACCUUGACGACCUCGCGCUGCAGCGACUCCUUCUGCUCGAAGACCUCCUGGAUCUCCCGUUCCCGCUCCUUGCGCGCUUCUUCUAGUUCUCUCUGAGCGACGGCGUCCACAUCUCUACGCGGCGGCCGCUUCCGCACGCCCGACUCCGAGACCUCCCGUUCCAAGCGUCUGACUUUAUUCUUCAGCAUGACGAUCUGCUGCGCGCGGCCCUUCCAGCCCUCGCCCUCAUUCGCCAGCGCGUCCUCGAGCUUGUCGCCGACCUCCCUUACCAACGCGCGUCUUAAUUUAUCGGUCUCCGCGCGCUCCGUCUCGAGCUUAUGCCUCAACUCCGCGGACCGCUUCUCGGCGCGGCGCUCGCGCUGCGAGGCCUUCGUCACGGGCGCCUCCUUGGCGGGCGCCUGGUUCUCCUGGAACGGGUAGCGCGCCGCGUCGGGGUCGAGCGGCCCGCGCGCCUUGAGCUCCUUCGCGAGGGCCGUCGCGUCGAUCUUCAGCCGCUCGAAGUCCAGCGCAAGCUUCCGGUUCUUCUCGCGCUCCGACGCCAAAGCUACGGUAUAAUUCCGGGCCUUCUUCGCGAGCUGGAUGAUCUUCGCGUCCCUCACAUCGACCUCCGCUCCAUUAAUGCCCGCGUAGAUCGUUUCCGGAUUUACGCCGGGCACGGGCGCUAAGGCCUCGAGCAUGACCUGGUAGUUCUUUACUUGCUGGCGCUUCUGCCGGAGCUCGUCCGGGAUGUCCGGCUCUUGGACUGGUGAAGGCUCCGGAACCGGCGACGGCGCCUUUUCGGGCGAGAAGACCUUCUGCUGGAUUGUUUGUAGUCGCUGCUCGGCCUCGUCGUCGUCCGACUCCCCGAACGACCCGUCGUCGUCGUCAUCCGGUAACGCCGCGACCUGCGCUUGAUUCGCCUUGCGCGGCGUGCGUCGCUCGGGGACGUCGCCGCCCAGCAGCGCGUCCACCAAAGCGCCCUCCUUCCCAUAGUCGUAGGUCACCUGGUAGGCCUGGGUCGUCUGGAGCGAGGUCAUGGUCCCCGGGGCAGCCGCGAGUCGGCGCGACGGUGGGACCGCUGUGCGAUGGGCUAAGCUCCUUGGGGCAGCUUCGAGGUCUCCGUGCGGCGCGGCGGCGGCGUCGAGGGCAGCGCACGGAUGGCACCGUGUGUGGGCAGCGCACGACGGUGGGGGCAGGCGCCGAUAAAGCGCCCUGAUCAUGCGGCUAACGAAAAUACGAGCGUGUACCCGCGCAGGUCGGUGAAGCGUCGCUCGAGUCCAUCCGACGACUCGUGCGUCCCGCGGAUCCCUCCCCCAGCCGGGAUGCCUGGUCUUCGUCGGUUUGGUGCCGGGGUUGUUUGUAAUUUGCGCGGCAGCGCGGCGCAUUGCAUCGAAACGCUGCCCACACAGCUCUCCUGCGGUCGCGGGGCAGCCAUUCCCAGGAUGAUCCUCAGGAGGAGCGCCGCGGGGAUCGUGCUCUAUGCCUACGGCGCCGGCGCCGAGUGCGCAGGCUGCACCAAAAAGCUCUUCGAGCCGACCUGCGACGGCUUCUCGAAGAAAACGGAUCGCUGGGGCAACUGGUACGAGCGGCACGUCCCCGUGCCGCAGUCGACGCGCGCGCCGACGACGAGCCCGGCGCCCACCGCCUCGUGGGCGCCCACGACGCCGCGUGGAGCCGACACCCCGGCACCGACCGUGGAGCCGACGCCGGAGCCGACGCCGCGGCCGUCGACCGGCGCCCCCACGACGCCGACGGCGGCGCCGACGCUCAUCAGUCUGCGCACGGGCGGGACGUGCCCGAAGAAGAUGUGCUGCGCCGAGCAGGAGGAGGAUUGUUGUCUAGUGGACCCGCCGCGCGUGCUGGGCAUGUGCCUCGCGAUAUUGGCGUUCUUCUUCCUGGCCGUGGUGGUCGCGCGGCCGCGCUGGGCCAUGCCCAAGGGGCUCUUCGGGGGCAAGCGCGAGCAGUACUGCGAGAACCACGACGUGCACGUACGCGCCGCCGAGAAGGGGGUCUAA